AUGGACAUAAAUGAAGAUGUACGCAAAUUAAGUUCUAAAGUCCUAAAAGAAUUCCAAUAUGUAAUAAACGAAGAGAAAAUAAACAAAUUUGACAUCGUUUCUUUUGUGACUUUACAUUCAGUAGAAAAUGUAGAAAAAUUCAGUCAAUUAUCCUUGGAUUUUAUUAACGAUAAUCCACUUUUGUAGGAUGUAUUCUUUAAAAAAUUUACAGGUGCAGCUGAAUAGUGUUUUGAUAAAAAUAUAAGUGAGGAAGCUUUAACUUUUUAUCCUAAAUAUAUUAAUUUACAUAUUAACAAUAUUAAAGAAGAAUAAUUAUAGCAUGUAUUUAAUUUACUUGUCUAAAAAUAUUGUGCUCCUUAAUUAAAUAUGCUAAUGGAUGAAUCUCUGUAGUGUGGUAUCCAACUUAUUAAGAAAUUCGGAUAAUAACAUGCUAAUCAAAUAGUUUAAGUUUUCGAUAAAUACCUUAAAUCAAACAACCCUGAAGAUGCUAAUAAAUAAAUAUCAGCAAUUGUAUUUUUAGGAAUAUGCGCACCAUUUAUUAAAAAUAAAGCUAUUAUAGAAACAGUAUCGAUUAAAAUUAUUCUGUUAUUCAGAAACGGUUCUCAUGAUUUAUAAAAAAGUCUAGCAAAAUGUUUGUAUGAUUUAAUGAAUUUUUUUGAAAAUUCUCCUGCUUUGAUUGAAAAGACUGUUUAAAAUCUUCCCUUUGAGCCCACAUAUGAAUAAAAACGUGGAUAAGCAUAUCUUAUUUCUGGUUUAUUAAAAGGUUUAGGAAUAGCCUAAUUUGAAGCUUUGAAUAUGUUUAAAUAUUUAGAAACCGAUAGCUUAGACUAAAAAAAAGACAUUCCUUAAAAGGAAUCCAGAUUGUUAUUAUUAUAAGCUUUACUAGAUGUAUUUGGCCGUUUAUUUGAGCCUUAUAUAGUGAAAGUAAUGAAAAUACUAAUGUUUUUCUUUGGCGAAACUAACGAGAAACUUAAAGAUUUGGCUGUUUCUUGCACUAAAUUAUUAAUGUCUAGACUAACAGGCUAUGGAGUUAAAAUAAUUCUUCCGACUUUACUAUGUGGACUCGAUGAAUCUUCUUGGCGAGCGAAAUAUAAUAAUAUAUGGGCUUUAGGAAAUAUGGCUUUUUGCUCUCCGAAAUAAAUGUCUUAAUGUUUACCUUAGAUAGUCCCUUCACUUUCAAAUGCAAUGUCUGACACUCAUCCUAAAAUACGAGAAUGCGCCAAUGAAUCCUUAACCUUAAUUGGUUCUUCAAUUAAAAAUCCCGAAAUUUCAGAAAUCGUAGAUAUUUUAAUUAAAGCUCUCUCAGAUCCAUUCGAUAUGAAUAAAUACGGUCUAGAAAUUUUACUCUAAACAAGAUUCGUGCAUUAUAUCGAUGCACCUUCUUUAGCCCUUGUAAUCCCCAUAGUAGAUUAUGCCCUAGCCUAAAACAGAGAAACCAGACCUAAAGAAGACGCUUGCUAAGUAGUUGGAAGUAUUUCUACUCUAAUAAAAGACCCUAAAGACAUCUUACCAUACAUGGAAAUUCUUGUAGGAGGUUUAAAAAGUGCUUUAGCAGACAACAAUAACGAAGUAAGGCUUUUCGCCGCCAAAGCAAUAGGUAAGAUCUCCAAUACAAUCGGCAAAUAAAACACUGAAAUAUACUUCAGAUUCAUAAAAGACAUUAUUGAAAGUAAAACCGCGACUUCCAUCGAAAGAUCCGGUGCUGCUCAAGCACUUUCUGAAAUAAUGUGCAUUCUCGGCCUAGAUUACUUCAAGUCUUAACUGCCUAUUAUUUUCGAGAAAAUGUCUGAUAAACAGCCUUGGGUAAAGGAAGGAUACAUCGGAAUAUUUGUCUAUGUACCCGUUAUAUUAAAGGAAUCUUUUAACGCUUAUAUAAAAGACGUUUUGGACGCCACAAUAGAAUACGUGAGUGACGAAGAAGAAAAAAUAAGGGAAAUUUCUCUCCGAGUACUCAGAAUUCUUAUUUAAAAUUUCGGAGAAACCUAAACUGAACUACUCUGUAUGCCUAUUUCCGAAGGUCUAUUUUCCUCUAAUUGGAGGAGAAGAAAUAGUUCUGCUAUCCUAUGUGCAGAAAUGCUCGAAAUUCUCCAAAAAAUAGUCCGUUAGGAAAGCAACGAAAUGUUUGAGGAAAACAUUAAAAGGGACGAAAGCACACUCACUUAUAAAUAAAAGGUUCUUCACGAAAAUUUCAUGUCCAUCUAUAUACUCAGAGCCGACGAAAUGGAAUAAAUAAGACUCUAAUGCGCCCAAAUAUGGAAAAACUUCGUUUCCAAUACCCCUAGGACACUAAAAUUAGGUCUCCCAAUAUUAAUGUAGAAGCUCAUCUAUGCAAUAACUAAAGGAGGGGUAGUUUAAGCCAUUGCAAGGACUGCAAUAUCUAAUUUCUGUUAAAAAUACGGAGAAAGUUUCUUCCAAAACGUUGUUGAUUCAUUAACUUUAUGUAUAAAAGAAUACAAGGAAAAAAUAGAUAAUCAAAGUAUGAGAGGAGCAAUUCUUUUCUUUGGUGAAUACUGUAAAAACCUUUAAGGCUUAUUUUUAAAAUAAAACCAGGAAAUUUUAACAAACUUACUUUUAGAAAACCUCUACACAAAAGACGCUCUUUUAAGAAACUCAGUUUUUUCUGCAGUUAAAAUAAUCACUGAAAAAAUAGGAGAUAAUUUAGUCCUAAAAAGUCUCCUUUAAGUGAUUUUCGAAAAAGUUAAAUAAAUUAAAGACGAAGAUCCUUAAUAUGAAAUCUUUGCCAAAAUAUUUGAUACACUCUCAUAAAGUAAAUCUGAAAGAAUUCUUUAGUUUAUAGUCCCUUAAAUAUUCCAAAAACCUAUACCUCCCUUACUUAUUGAUGUUAUUACCAACAACGCCGAAAUAUUCGCCUAAAUAAUAUAUAAAUACUUCAGAUAAUAAGGACAAAAAUCUCAGCAUAUAGCCAAUAAUGGAGGAAUAGGUAUUAUUUUAGAACAAAUAUUUGAUAAAAAUACUGAUUAAUCUACGAAAGAAGCUCUAAUUUAUGCUUUAAAUUAAAUAACAGUGAAUCUUGAUGAAAACGACUCAAAUACUUUCCUACUUUUUAUAAUUGAUAAAAUUCAAGACUUGAAUAAAACUUAUUUUAAAAAUUCCCUUGAUGAAGAUUAGCUAGAAAUAAUUUUAUAAAUAUCAAAGUUUUACCUAUUAAAUACCCCUAUACAUAUAAAUGAAUACAAUAAAGACUUAAUUAACUUAAUAACUCCUUAUAUAUUUGAUUCAUCAAAAAAAAAUAUAAUCAAAUAAGCCAACCCGAUUUUAGGAAGCAUUUUUGCACCCAUAAAUAGAAGAUAAUACCCUGAAUUGUUAUCUACUUUUGUACUUUCAUUACAUACUUAAUUAAGUUUAGAUAAAUUUAAAGAUAUUGAACUUAUUCCAGGCUUCAAUUUAGGUUAAGAAGAAGGUGAAGGAAUUUAAAGUAUUGUAGAAUUUCUUACUUAAAACAUUGUUUAUAAUCCUAAUAAAAACUUUAAUGAUUCAAUGGAUUUUUUCUAUUUAUUAUUAAAAUAUACUUCUUUAAAUAAUUUAUAACCUUUCAACUUUAAAUUAGCAGGUGCUUUAAUUAGAGUAGGUAAUUAUAGAUUAGAAAUAUCAGAAAAGGAAAGAAUUCUAGAAACUUUAGUUAAUAAAGGUUUCUUGUAAAAAAGCUAUAUUUUCAUCAUAAUUAAUUGA